AUGACGCGCGGGCGAAGGCGCGAGCACUACCAGUGGAACAUGGAUAUCGUGGGCGUGAGUGGGAUCGAGGCCGAAGCCGAGCUCUUGGCGGCGAUCACGACAUUUUUUAAGAGGGUGGGGGUGACGAGCGCGGAUGUCGGCAUUAAAGUGAGCUCGCGAAAGCUGUUGCAGGAGGUUUUAACGCGGUACGGCAUCGGUUCGGAUGCGUUCGCCCCGGUGUGCGUCGUCGUGGAUAAGAUUGAAAAGCUUCCGCGGGAGAAGAUCGAGGACGAGCUUCGCGAGCUCGGCGUCGCCGAGGGCGCCAUCGAGGGCAUUCUCGCCGCGACGCAAAUGCGCACCGUGGAGGAGCUCGAGGCACUCAUCGGUCCGGACGCCGAGGCGGUGAAGGAUUUGAAGCAACUGUUCGCGUACGCCGAUGCGUACGGCUACCGCGAUUGGCUCGUCUUCGACGCGUGUGUCGUGAGAGGUUUAGCGUAUUACACGGGCGUCGUCUUUGAAGGGUUUGAUCGCGCGGGCGAGCUUCGAGCGAUUUGCGGGGGCGGGCGAUACGAUAUGCUACUCGGCGCGCUCGGAGGAGAGAACCAGCCGAUGGUGGGCUUUGGUUUCGGCGACGCCGUCAUCGUUGAGUUGCUUAAAGAUAAGGGCUUGAUGCCGGAUUUCUCCCGAGGCGACACGCAGGAUUUGGUGUUUCCUCUCUCCGAGUCGCUUCGUCCUGCGGCGAUGCGAGUCGCGGCAAGUCUCCGCGAGAGCGGGCGAACGGUCGAUCUGGUGCUCGAAGAUAAGAAGGCCAAGUGGGCCUUCAAGCAAGCCGAGCGCAUCGGUGCCGAGCGCGUGAUCUUGCUCGGCGAGAAGGAGUGGGAAGCCGGCAACGUGCGCGUCAAGGACCUCGCGACUCGGGAAGAGGUCGACGUCAAGAUCGACGAUCUCAAGUGA